GUGGGUGGGUGGGGGUCUUGUGGCGUCGAACCCUAGAUCGUAGACACCGAAGGAGGAGAGGGAGAUAGAGCGAUCGAGAUAAGGAGAUAGAACGAUGGCGGAAGCGGUGAUCGCUUGCCACACCGUCGAAGAGUGGAACCGGCAGCUCCAAGAAGGCAAUGAAUCCAAGAAGCUGAUGGUCAUUGAUUUUACUGCUUCAUGGUGUGGACCUUGCCGAAUGAUUGCCCCAGUUUUUGCUGAGCUGGCUAAGAAGUUCACCAAUGUGAUUUUUCUGAAGGUGGAUGUUGAUGAGCUCAAGUCGGUUGCCCAAGACUGGGCAAUAGAAGCAAUGCCCACUUUCAUAUUCCUGAAGGAGGGAACUAUUGUGGAGAAGCUCGUUGGUGCUCACAAAGAUGAUCUGCCGAAGAAGAUUGAGCUGCACAUGGCCCAGUGAGGGCUCCCUCAUGUUUCAUGAAGGAUCAUCUCUGCUUUACUGUGUACUGCAUAAAGGGUCUUAAAACUCUUUUAAGACUUGUGUGGUUAAUAAGCAUUUCCAUAGAAUCUUGGAUGGUCUGAGAUUCGGAUAUUAGUGGUGUUUCUGUCUGGUUUAUGCUGCUUGAGUAAUUACUUUUUGCUUGUACUCGAGUCAGGCUUUUAGGCUUUUGGCUCUGAAGAUAUUUGCAUAUAGCUUAUGGGAAGUAUGUUUAUAAUUCACUA